GCAUUUCGAGGGGGGCGUCGUCACAGGCUCAUGGCUACACGCUGCACAGCGAGCGUGAACUGGACUGUUAAUAAUCCCUGAAUAAUAUUCCAGUUUUUGUCCCGUGUGCUAGCCGUGUGAGAGUGUGCAGUCAGACAGCAUGGGCACGGAGGACGACGCCGCUCUGCUCUUCCUAAUCUUCCAGCACCUGAAGGUUAACGGCUACCGGAAAGCCGCUAAGGUGCUGGAAAAACACGUUGCUCAGGUGGAGACAGCCGAGGAGAGCUCCAACCUACAUGAUAUCUACACAGGCUGGAUGAAGCUGUGCUCUCUAGCCCAGCAUGCCAAGCAGGAGACAGAAGACCCUACUUUAAAGAAGAAGAGCAUUAAACCAGAACCUGCCACCAGCGAAGAAGAGGAGGGCGCAGACACUAAACCCUCCAACAUCCCAGAGGAAAACAACGUGGAUGCAAAACCUCCACUUGGGUCCGAGACAGAUGGUGCUGAGUCAUCCAACCCAGAUCCCCCCUGUGAGGGGAGAGAUGCUGAGUCGGUCUCUGAGCAGCUGCUGCAUCCUGCAGCUGAAACCAAAGCAACAGACUCAGACAGUGAAGAAAAGAGAAAGGAGGAGACCCAACCGGAGCCAGAGCCAGCUCCUGUUGACGUGUCUGCUGAGGCCGCUAACGAGGCAGAGAGUUCCAGCUCGGACUUUGAGGACGAGGUUGGCCCCGGCCCGGUCGAGCCCGGACAAGCUGCCGCUGAUCGGGCUGGGGAUGGGCUCCCGGCCCCGGAUCCGGCCCCUGAGAGCAGCGUGGAGCAGAAAGAGGACGAUGAUGAGCUGAAGCAGGAGACGGAAGCAGCCCCAGAUGAAAGCUCUGCAGCUGAACAGACAGCCGUCAAUCAAACCGAGGCCUCAGAGGAUGAAGACAGCGCUGCAAAGGAGCCCAGCCAGGCUGAGCCCAGCACAGCUGACCUGACACCUCAUGAGACCAAUGACCAGCAGACAGAGAGGGAAGCCCCGCCCCCCGCAGACCCUGAUUCUGAAAAUCCUGAUGAGGAAGAGGAGGAAAAUGAGGAGAAAUCUGAGAGCACAGAGGGCAGUGACCUCACCCCCCUGCUGAAGCCUGAAGACCAGACUGAGACAUCAUCACCCCCCCCAGAGGACCCCAUCUCUGACACUGCAGAAGAGCAACUCGACCCAGAGGUCAACAUCAUCCUCAACAUCGAAGUCAGUGACAGUGAGGCGGCCGAGCCAGAAACUGUCCAUGCGCUCCCUGAGGAGGCGACAGAGUCCGGAAAAGAACCCCCAACUCCCAAGAAGAGGAAGAAGAAAAACAAGAGCAAAAAGGAUGUAGAGACGCCAACUGCAGAUCCCCCGAGCACAGACUCAUCGACCGCAGAUACAUCCAGCGAUACUACUCUGACCACCAAGACUGGCAAAAAGAAAAAGAGAGCGGAGGAGGUGGCAGAGGAAGAGAUGGAGCAGAAGCAAGAGGAGGAGGAGGAGGCGGACAUGUCUCAGGCCACUUCACCAGAGAAGAAGAAGAAGAAGAAGAAGGCUAAGAAAAGGAAAAGGGAGCCGAAAGAAGUGGAAGAGAAAGACGAGGUUACUCCCGUCGCUCCCUCAGACGAGAAGAUCAAAAAGAGAAAGGUAAAAGAUGUAGAAGAGGAGCAGAGCGAGCCAGCAGGAGUGGAGAAAGAGGAGAAUCUCGUGAGUCCGGCAACAGAUGAGAAAAAGAAGAAGAAGAAAAAGAGGAAAAAAGACGGCAGACAAGAGGGCGAGGAGGUGCAGUCUGAUGAGAGAGCAGCAGGCGGAGAAGGAGACGCAGCAAAGCAUCUGGAGGCCACAGACGGCGACUCCUCUCAGCUCUCCUCGGCCAAAAAGAAACACCCCCUCAAGAAGAAACUGAGCCUGACCAAGAGACUGAGGCGCCACAGGCAGGAGGAGACGGCCAUGAUGAAUCAGAAGUGGAAGGAGAAGAAGCUCGCUAAGAAACUAAAACGGAUGAAAGGGGCAGCAGAGGAGACACCUGAUUCUGCUCAGCAGGAUGACGACACACCAAAGAAGAAGAAAAAGAUGAAAAUGAACACGGAACAAGAAGAGAACUCCUCAAAGGAAAACCAACCGCCAAAGAAGAAAAAGAAGAGAUUGGUGGAGGUGGAGGAAGAGGAUGAAAGCAGCACUGUGCCCGCUGAGCCUCCUGAAGUCGACUCGUCUCCGCUUUCAAAGGAAAUCAAGAAGAAGAAGAAGAGAAAGAUGAAGGCGGGAGAAUGCGAGGAGACGGCUCCCGUGCCCAUCACUGUGAGCCAGGAUGGACCUGCAAGGAAAAAGAAGAAGAACAGAUUAAAGGAGAAACUGGAAGAGACGGAAGCAGCUGCAGACCAACAAGCUACUUCUACGAAAAAGAAAUCCUCCAAAAAGACAAUCAUCUCUGAUUAAAUACGUCAGUGAAGAGUGAUUGGAUCUUGGACCUAAAAGCCCCCCCAAAGGACAAUCUGCAUCGUGUUUGUGCCUUUACUCUGGAGUUGCUGCCUGGGAUCAACAUCAGUGUUCAGUAAUGGCUCACUGUCUUCAGCUGGAAAACUUUGAAAGCAAUACAACUAAUAUUAUCAAAGAAGGCAAUUGUUUGCGAUUGUCCCAUACUGGUGAAAUGCUAAACAAUGCUUAUUUUUUAAAUGUUUUCUGUUUUGAUGGGUUCAGUAGAUGAGUCUGUUUUUAGUUAUCAGUCAGUUCAACAUUUUUCUACUCGGUUUGGUUUUUAAAGUAGAAACGUGUGCUUUUACUUUUCGUUUCGUCAUAAAGCUGUGAAAUUCUGUUCUUUUUUUGUGGAAAUGGUUCUGUUUACAGAGUUCUGUUGUUUACACACUUUUCUUAUUAAUCCCAGACAUAUUAACUAUGCAUCUGAUUAAAUCUUGCUGCUUGGGAGGAGUCUGAACCCGUUUCACUACUGGGAUAUUUGUUGGUGUUCUAAAAGCCAACAUGUGUGAGAGAAAAUAAAACUUACUUUCAUUUCGCUGUAGCUGUGAGUUUUGCUAGUUCACCUUCACACUGUUGCACACGUGGCAUUCACGUCCUAUGGGAGUUACCAGUUUUCUGCAUUGAGUACUUUUACUUCUAAUAUUUUAAAGUAAAGUACAUUUUGCUGAUGAUACUUAAAUGCAGGACUUUGGUAUUACUACUUUUACUUAAGUAAAGGAUCUGGACACCUUUUCCCACCACUAGACAUAUCUUACAGAAGUGCCUAAAAAAAGCUAACUAAUUACACCUCACGGUUAUUUAUGCUACAUUAAAGCAUACUAUUUUUUUUUUUGCAUUUUAGGCAUUUAUUGGAUAGGACAGCUUAGACAUGAAAGCAACAUGACAUGACUGCGUAAACAUACACGCCACUUUCCUAAAGCCAAAUGGCGUGUUGUAUGGACGCAUUUUGAGCUAUCCACGUGUAUGUCCACGCUGUAUACAGCGGACCUUUUUAAGAACCACACAAUUUUAACGCUCGUAAACUUCUAAUGACCCCAAACACCGGUGAACUAGAGGACGUUGGUUUUUGGCUCUGAGCUUCAGAAGAGAGAAAAGUAAAAGUAGUUUAGGAUUAGUAUCGAUUCAUAGAACUGUGAGGAGAAAUUAGAUUUUAUACACACACACACACACACACACACACACACACACACACACACACACACACACACACACACACACACACACACACACACACACACACACACACACACACACACACACACACAAACAAACUCAGCUUUCUCCUGAAACAGGAAACAACAGAUGUGUGAAUACGUUUGAACAGUUAACUGUUAAACUUGAAAGACCAGAGAACAAAGUGUUCAAGUCUGGUAUGUCAUGAAAUUAAAUAUGAAUAAGGACCAUAUAUGACUCAUGAGGAGAGGGGAACAAUUUCUUAUGUGUUGAUGUUUCUGGUUACUGUUUUCACUUCCAAAUACCAUUUGGGCUGUUACAGAUGAGUUUAGGUUUCCUGCCUCAUGUAGUUCACAUUUCAGGAUGUGUACUUGUCUGAUUUUGUCCUACAAAUUGCCCGUUUCCAAUAAAUACUUUCUCUUCAAAAUGAAA